AAACUUCUUGUAAGGCUCUUGCUGAUCUGUCCACUAUCAUGAAAUGUUUAAGGGUAUGGUCAGUUGGAGAACAUAUAUCACUAUGAGUUUAUGACUGCAAAGAUCUGUUUCUUCAGGAUAUGCUGUACACCAUCAUUAUCAUGGUAUAUUUAUUGCCAUCUAGGAGUCUUCCCAUCGAGCAAAUUUACCAAGAAAGCACAGAACUUGGCAGAUCAACAUCAGCGUCAAGAUGCAUCAACAGCAUGGUGCACAUCUUGGACAGCCUCUGUGUGGAGUUGGCUCGCACGUUCAUCGGCACAGUGGUGCUGUGCAGUCACUUGCCAUCUGCCCACUAGGGAUAGGCCCUUUAUGAAGGUACAGUGGGGUUUUGUCAAGCAGAUGAACUGGUUCAAGGAAUCAGUUCAACCCUGACCCACUUGCAUCCCGACCAGUCGACCACAAUACCGUGCAUACUUCUUAAGUGGUAACUCGCAAUAAGAUGCCAACAUAUAAGAUGCAAAGGAACAGUUACGCUAUUUUGCUUGUUCUGCCUAACGGAAUUUUCAGAAGCUGUGUACUCCUGAACCCGAUAUUAUUUAGUCUGACAAUAAAUUACAUAUUGUAUUGAUCCCUGAGUUACAGACAAAGUCGGGAAGAUGAAUU